AUGAGUAGCAAAGUCUCCCGCGACACCUUGUACGAAGGGGUGAAGGAGCUCCUUCAGGGGUCCAAUCAGAAACCACGCAAGUUCUUGGAAACUGUGGAGCUACAGAUCAGCCUGAAGAACUAUGACCCCCAGAAGGACAAGCGUUUCUCAGGCACAGUCAGGCUAAAGGCUUGCCCUCGCCCCAAGUUCUCCGUUUGUGUCCUGGGAGACCAGCAGCAUUGUGACGAGGCUAAGGCGGUCGACAUGCCCCACAUGGACAUUGAGGCUCUGAAGAAGCUUAACAAGAACAAAAAGAUGGUGAAGAAACUAGCAAAGAAAUAUGAUGCCUUCUUGGCCUCAGAGUCCUUGAUUAAGCAGAUUCCUCGUAUCCUUGGACCUGGUCUGAACAAGGCUGGAAAAUUCCCUUCGCUCUUGACCCAUAAUGAAAACAUGGUUGCCAAAGUUGAUGAAGUGAAGUCCACUAUCAAGUUUCAGAUGAAAAAGGUCCUCUGUCUUGCUGUUGCGGUUGGCCACGUGAAGAUGACGGACGAUGAGCUGGUGUACAACAUCCACCUUGCCAUUAAUUUCCUGGUGUCACUGCUGAAAAAGAACUGGCAGAACGUGCGUGCUCUUUACAUCAAGAGCACCAUGGGGAAACCCCAGCGCCUGUACUAA